UGCGUUUCUAACCGGAGUCCCAGCAAAGAAGGACUUGGCAUCAUGUCGUUCAGCUUUGGCGGCGGCGCAAAUACUGCGGGCUCCUCUGGAUUUGGUUCAUUUGGUGCCAAAACAACGGCAUCAACUGGUUUUGGCUUUGGUACAACCACCACUAACGCGUCUGGAUUUGGUAGUCUUGCUGCCCCUGGCUUUGGAACUACGACGACUGCAGCUCCAUCAGGUGGCUUUGGCUUUGGUGCUACAGGAACAGGAUUUGGUGGGCUGGGAGCUGCAAACACCACUGCUGGAGGACUUUUUGGCCACACCCUGAGCAAAGGAUUUGGUUUUUCCUCUGGUUUUGGCACAGGCACUAACACGAGUACCGGUCUUGGCACUAGCCUUGGCACUGGCCUGGGAACUGGUUUGGGUUUCGGGGGCUUUAACACACAGCAGCAGACUUCAGGAGGCCUCUUUGGACAGCUAGCACAGGCCCCUGUGCAGUCCAAUCAGCUGAUCAACACAGCAAGCGCGCUCUCUGCACCAACACUUCUAGGAGAUGAGCGUGAUGCAAUCUUAGCUAAAUGGAACCAACUGCAAGCUUUCUGGGGGACAGGCAAAGGGUACUUUAACAACAGCAUCCCACCUGUGGACUUCACACAGGAAAACCCCUUCUGCAGGUUUAAGGCUGUAGGCUUCAGUUGCAUCCCUGGCAGCAAGGAUGAAGAUGGCCUGGUGAUUUUGGCUUUUAACAGGAAGGAAGAUGAUAUCCGGAAUCUGCAGCAGCAGCUUGUCGAGGCUCUUCAUAAAGUUCUGGGGGGCAACCAGACUCUGACAGUGAAUGUGGAGGGGGUCAAAGCACUGCCAGAUAAUCAGACAGAAGUCCUCAUUUACGUCGUUGAACGUUCUCCUAAUGGUACAUCGAAGAGGAUUCCAGCCACGACUCUCUUUAACUACGUUGAACAGGCCAAUAUAAAGAAUCAGCUGCUGCAGCUGGGAGUGGUUCGUACCCUGACCAGGACAGAGCUUUCCCCGGCACAGCUUAAACAACUCCUACAGAACCCGCCAGCUGGUGUCGAUCCAAUAAUUUGGGAGCAAGCUAAAGUGGACAAUCCAGAUGCAGAAAAUUUGAUUCCAGUGCCAAUGGUUGGUUUUAAAGAACUACUAAGAAGACUAAAGAUCCAAGAGCAGAUGACAAAGCAGCACCAGACCAGAAUGGAUAUAAUCUCUGAAGACAUAAGUGAACUACAGAAGAACCAGGCUACAACAGUGGCAAAAAUAGCCCAGUACAGGAGAAAACUGAUGGACCUGUCACACAGAGUCUUGCAGGUAUUAAUCAAGCAAGAAAUCCAAAGAAAAAGUGGCUAUGCAAUCCAGGUUGAUGAGGAGCACCUACGUGUUCAACUGGACACAAUACAGAGUGAACUGAAUGCACCAACUCAGUUUAAGGGUCGCUUGAAUGAACUCAUGUCCCAGAUUAGGAUGCAGAAUCACUUCGGAGCCGCUAGGUCAGAGGAGCGGUACAGCGUAGACGCAGAUCUCCUUCGGGAAAUCAAGCAGCACUUGAAGCAGCAACAGGAAGGCCUAAGCCAUUUGAUCAGUGUCGUCAAGGACGAUGUGGAGGACAUCAAGCUCAUAGAACAUGGGCUUCAUGACAGCGUCCACACCAGAGGAGGGCCAUUCAGCUGACAACAGACCUGCUUUCAGGCAUCAUGUUAUGGGAGGGGAAAGGCAGUAGGGAGCAUUUAUGUGCUGAAUACCAUGGUAGUGAAAGCUACCCCAUCAAGGUAGUCGCACUGGAAGAUAGCCAAUUGAAUUGGACAGUAACCUGGCUAAGCAGACACAACUGGCAUACCUGCCUCCCACUCCCUAUCAGUGACAAUACAGAUAAAGGAACACUUCUGUUGAACAGACCAAGUAUUUUACAAAAGCAGAUUUGUUUUGUAGUGUUUUAGUAAUGUGCAGCAUCUCUUUUUUUACUGGAAUAUCCAUCCAAGGACUAUUUUCUGCAAAAAGUUUUGGUUUUAAAGUUGGAAUUGUUUAAUAGAACAAUAAAUAAAUAAAUAAAACUU